UUCUCCUUCCUCUCUCCUCCCUCUUCCCUCCUUCCUCCUCUCUCACUAGGCCAGGUGGGAGCAGCUCCAGGAAGAUGCGUCCUGGGGCCUCAGGCCCCCUGAAGGCCGCCCUCCUCCUCCUCGCCUCCCUGUGCGCCUGGUUCUCCGGCUUCCUGCUGGCCCAGCUCAUCCCCGAGGCCCCGCUGACCAGCGCCGUCCACAGCCUCCGCAGCUUCGGGCAGAGGCCCCUGCUCAAAGCCCCCAGCCCCAGAAGGCAGACGUGCGGCCAGAGGACCCGGUGUGCGGCGGACACCUACUCCUUCCACCUGCUCAGCGGGGGCGGCCCUGGCAGGCCAGCCGCGAUCUGCUUCCAGGACCAGCUGCUCACGGGGGAGAAGACGGGGAAUGUCUCCGGGGGACUCACGGUCACCGUCAUCAGCU